AUGGAUGAUUUAUCUAGUGAUGAUAUUUUGCAAAUUUAUGCAACUGAUCAGGAUUUGUCAUUUUCCGACAACACGAAGAGCAAAACCGUAUCCUCAGACAAUGUUGUGCUUAAAAUUUUCACGAAAGGAGCAAAUCCAUUACCAUCAGCCACCGAACUUGCCGAUUUUCUGAUCACUGAAAAGCAACUGGAUGUUUGCGGCCUUAGUUUCAAACCUAAAUCCGUUCUAUUCGAAAUUUCCAAUAAUAGUCAGCUAAAUGUAUGGCUAGUGAAAUUGUUUGAAGAACGUCAUUAUAAUAUGAAAUUAAGUCCCGAAAGCCAAUUGGAUAUUUUCAGAAUUCUUAAAGGCAAAACUAAUCUAAUCAUUAAAAAUCUAUUAGUCUUUCUAGUAGUUCUACCAGGAUCUUCGAUGAUAAAUUUUCCAUGUCAAGACAAUUUCCAUCCGUUUGGAUUGUGUAAUAAAAACAUUACCAAUGUUUGUGCUUCUUCUCUACGAGACGAUCCAUCUAAGACAAUUUUUAAAUUUCUCAAACAUAGAGAUGAUGUAAAUCGAUUGGACAUAAAGCUGGUCUAUGGUGUAAGAUUGGAAGUUAGUGAUGACGAUACACAUAACUUACGAUUUCUUCUAAAGCGCUCCGACAUCACAAAUCGUCUCCUUUGUACAUUAAAGGAUCUGUACGGACCUGUUUCAUUUUUAGGCAGCACUUUUCAUAUCAUUCCGACCAUGCUUAAAUCCAGAAUUGACUAUCAUAUUGAUUCUGGUCGUGAAUAUUCCAAUUUUUGGGAUUAUAUAGCAACAAAUGAUAUUCUACAGUCUGAAGUUAAUGAAAUGUCCAUUAUCGAAAAAUCUUCAAAGAUUGCUAGUCGUCCUACAAAUGAUUCAUGUCCUAGAAGCACCUCAAAUAUUAAACCUGCAAUAAACAAAAGUCGCAUUGCCCUUAUUCAAUGGGGCUUGUUAAAUGGAAUGCAGGGACAAGGAAACAAUGAUCAGGGUGGUUUUAAUAAUUCAAGUAAUAGUUUUUUGUCAUGGAUGAAUCAACAGAAUAGUGGUGGUGGUACAGGAAAUAAUCCUAUCAAUAAUGACAACCAAGAGUAA